AUGGAUACCAUUCGUGAAAUAACCAAACAAUAUUUUCGCACUGACUUGCCUCCCUUACAAGUUGGCGAUAAAGUAGAAAUUAUUACUAAAAAUUUUAAUCAAAAUGAAAAAAAUAAAGAGGAUGGAAAGCCAAAACAUCGUUUGACUCGUUUCAAAGGCACGGUAAUUGGUCAAAAAAAUCCUUGCCAAAUUGGUUAUACUUUUUCAGUAUUGAAAGAUAGCAAAGGAGGUGAUAAAGUGGCAGUUAAAAGCAUUUUUUCUUAUCAUUCUCCUUCCAUUGUAAGUAUUAAAAAAAUAGGAAGAAUUGAUGAAAAAGUUCACCAAGCAAAAUUAUAUCAUUUAGAAAAAGAAUUAGCCAAAAAGAAAGAUAACGAAUAA